AUGGCUGGUGAGGUUCUGUCAGCCUUCCUGCAAGUCUUGUUUCAGACGGCCUUUAACUUGUUGCAAGAGGAGCUGAAAUUGGAGCACGAACUCGAGGGAAAACGCAAGGAACUGCACAACAAUGUCUCCAUGAUUAAAGCUGUCAUAAAUAAGGCUGAAGAAAAGGCGCACGGCGAUGAACCACUGAAAUUGUGGCUAGAGAAUCUGAGGAAAGUCGGCUACGAUGCAGUCGAUGUGCUGGAUGAGCUUUCUUACGAGGCUCAACGGCGGCAACUGAUCUCCUUGUCAGAGGUACGUGAUUCCUUCUCCAUGGUGAAUCCAAAACGUUCCAUCAUUCGGCACAUCAUAUCUCGUAAGAUACAAGAUAUAUCUGAGAGGCUCGAUAAUCUCGGGAAGGAGGUGGUGACCUUUAAUAUAAGAGUUGGGGAUGCAUCACGGCACCCAGAAGAGAGUGAUGUGCUUCCGAUGACCACCUCACUCCAUCCACCAGUCGUGCUAGGGAGGGAGAUCGAUAAGCACAGAAUUUUGAAAAUGCUACUACAAGCUGAUAGGAUGCAUAAGAAAAGCAUAUCUGUGAUCCCCAUACUCGGAAUGUGUGGUGUUGGGAAGACCACCCUUGCCCAGCUUGUCUCCAACGAUGAGGUUGUGAUGAAGCAUUUCGAGCUGAGAUUGUGGGUUGAUGUCUCACAUGAUUUCAGUGUAAGAAGGCUCACCAAAGCUAUCAUCGAAUCCACAGGUAGCUCUGCAGUUGAUCACAUCAACAUGGACAAUCUUCAGAAGCAACUUCUUAAUAAGAUCAGUGGCAGAAGGUACCUGCUUGUCUUGGAUAAUGUCUGGAAUGAAAACCCAGAAAAAUGGCGUAACCUUAGACUGCCCUUACUCCAUGGUGCUGAAGGGAGUAAGAUAUUGGUGACCACAAGAAGUGAAGAAGUUGCAAAAUUCAUGGGCACAACAUCGCCCUAUGUCUUGAAAGGCUUAUCCGACGAGAACUGCUGGAAUUUGUUCUGUCAGUAUGCGUUCGAACACAAUACAUAUCAACACUCUGAUAUUGAUGACAUUGCCGAAGAAAUUCUGAGGAAGUGCAAAGGCUUGCCUCUAGCAGCAAUAAGUAUUGCCAAUCAGUUGCUUGGAGUGAGUGAUAGAAGCGAGUGGAGAUCCAUCAUAAGGAGGGAGAUAGAGGAAUUCUCUGGACGUGACAGUGAGUUCCAAAAGGCCUUCAGCUUGAGCUAUCAGCAAUUGCCACCACAUCUUAAGCCAUGCUUUGCAUAUUGUUCCAUAAUUCCAGAAGGGUGCGAGUUCGAGAAGGAAUUCAUUGUCGAAUUGUGGAUGGCACAGAACUUCAUCCAGCCUAAAGGAAAAUCUGCUGAAGACUUAGGCAGCCAGUACUUUGAUAUCUUAGUGCAGAGGUCAUUCUUUGGGUGCUCCCAGUCCGACUAUAAAAGAGGCAAACCAAAAUAUCGAAUGCAUGAACUUGUACAUGAUUUUGCUCAACGAGUGUCAGCUAAAGAAUGUUCUACCAUGGAAAUUGGCAAGCCAUGCAAGGUUGAGCCUGAAACUCGACAUUUGUCAUUGACUUUAAGCCAGUUGGAGCCAAAUGACAAAAUGAAAUCAAAUUCACCUGCUCAAACUGAUAUCUUUUCUGAAAUAUAUCAAUGUAAGGGCUUGUAUACACUUCUACUUUUCGGUGGUUCCAGAAAGUAUAGUCUAAAGGUCCCUGACAGACUUGGAGAAGAACUUAAAAGCCUCCGUACUUUGGAUUUGAGCAACUGUGACCUAAAGGAGUUACCCAAAUCAAUUGGUGAGUUGAAGCACCUUCGCUGCCUUCGGCUUCACAAUACAAAACUAUCAAGUCUCCCUGAAUCACUAGGUCGUCUUUACAAUCUCCAGACACUGGGACUCAGAAAUUGUUAUUCUCUUGAGGAGCUGCCAUCAGAUAUAAAAAAUCUUCGUAACCUUCGCCAUCUUGAUCUUCAUCUCGAUGAUAAUUCAGUGGAAGCAAUGUGUAAAUUGAAAUCUAUACCACCACAUAUAGGACUGUUAACCAAUCUUCAAACAUUAUCAAGAUUUGUAGUAAGCACAAAGGCUGGUUGUGGGUUAGGAGAACUGAAAUACUUGAACAGUCUCCAUGGGGAACUAAUCCUCUCAAAUCUUCAUCUCGUUCGAAAUCCAUUAGAAGCCAGGAAGGCAAACUUGACAAACAAGAAUUCCAUUCAGAGUUUGCAGUUGCGAUGGAAUAUCGGUACAUCAGCUUCUGAACAUGUUGGAUAUGACGAAAGCAUUCUAGCAACUCUCCAACCUCAUACAAACCUUAAGGAGCUGAGGAUAAUAGGCUACAGAGCCCGAUCAUUUCCAUCUUGGUUAGGUGACUCUGCUUUCACCAAUCUUGAAUCACUACAUCUCUCCAGCUGCAAUCAAUGUAAAUAUCUUCCCCCACUUGGCAAAUUGCCCAAGCUGCGAGAACUCCAUAUAGAAGGAAUGGAAAGUGUGACAGUCAUGGAUCAUGAAUUCUGUGGCAAGGAACAUGGCAAAUUCCCCAAAUUGGAGAAGCUGGUUUUUGAGAACAUAGGCAGUUUACAGAUCUGGGAUGAACAUAAACUUCGUUUGCUGUCAAUGCAAGAGAAAGAAAGUUGCCCGAGAUUGCGUGGUAUACCAAGAUUUCAAUCACUCACAUCCUUAGAGAUGUCAAGCUGUGGUGACUGGAUGUGGCACUCAUGGCCUUGUCUUACUUCCCUAACUUCCCUUUGUCUCAGCAGGUUACCAAUAGAAACUCUGCCAUCAGAAGCAGGCCAUCCACAUGCUUCCUUACGCAGCUUAAAGAUCAGUUACUGCAAUCAACUGAUAUCUUUGCCAGAUAAUUGGCUGCCAAAUGGGCUUGUUUGUUUUAGUAUUAAGCACUGUCCUAGGCUUUAUUCUCUUCCAACAGGCCUAGAAAAUCUCAAAGCACUAGAAGACUUGAAAAUUCAACAUUGUGGCCUAGGGUACCUCCCAGAGCUCAAGAACCUGACCUCGCUAGUUCACAUGGAGAUCUCAGGUUGCCAUAAAGUGCACCGUCUUCCAAGGAAUGGUCUGCCUAUGACACUCCAUUUCUUGAGCAUCAAUAAUUGCCCUGAGCUCAAGAAACGAUGCCAAGCUGAGAGAGGUGAAGAUUGGCCCAAAAUUAGAAAUAUCUUCUCUGUGUGGAUGGAUGAAAAACUAGUUAGUCACAGAAACUAGCUCUAAAUGCUAACCAUGCAGACAAGAUGCGAUAUGAAGAGUAAACAUCUGCUCAAUUCUGGAUGGGGUUUACAUAUUUGGGAGGAUGCUGCAAUUGAUGUUCUUAUCCUUCCUGCUGGGUGGUGAUUCUGCGACGCUGAUAUUGCAGGGGUGUUUAAUGACAAAGGCCAAGAUGUUGCUGCCCAGCAUGAUUCAUUCUUGAGCGAAAAAAUGAAAACUAAAAGCUAAAAACUAAACACAAAAAACAAAAUUAAUCCACAUGCUAAUGCAAAGAGUGAGAAGGAGAGGCUACCACCAGCUCAAUAUUGUACAUGCUUCUCGGUGUUGAUAAGUUACAGCUUUCUGAGUGGGCGUGUAAUAACAUACACCUAUAAUUACUUUGUUUUCUAUAUUGUUGCUGUAUUAUGGCGAAUGCCCAUCGCUGUACUAUGAGAGUGAUGAAAUUAAUUUGAUGCAUCUAAUUUGCAGAAAUACCAGAAAA